AUGGCACAAACUGAUUCACCAACCCAUGUAGCGAUUUUCCCUAGUCCAGGGAUGGGUCAUCUCAUCCCACUGGUUGAGUUAGCCAAGAGACUCGUUCGCCAACACAACUUGUCAAUCACCUUCGUUAUGCCAUCAGACGGUUCUCCGUCUAAAGCACAAAGAUCGGUUCUUGGUUCACUCCCUAGCACAAUUGACUCAGUAUUUCUUCCCCCUGUUAAUUUAAGCGACCUCCCAGAAGAUGUCAAGAUUGAAACCGCAAUUAGCCUUACAGUGGCUCGGUCACUUCCUUCUCUACGUUAUUUUUUCAGGUCUCUAGAUGCCAGUGAUGCUAGAGUUGUGGCCUUGGUUGUUGAUCUUUUUGGAACUAAUGCAUUUGAUGUUGCUAGAGAAUUCAAUAUCUCUCCUUACAUUUUCUUUCCUGCUCCAGCCAUGGCUUUGUCUUUAUUCUUUUAUUUGCCAAAGCUUGAUGAGAUGGUUUCCUGUGAGUACGGAGAGAUGCAAGAACCCGUGAAGAUACCCGGGUGCUUACCAAUUCCUGGGGGAGAGUUGCUUGACCCAACUCAAGAUCGAAAGAAUGAUGCAUAUAAAUGGCUUCUUUACCAUACAAAGAGGUAUAGACUGGCUGAUGGAGUGAUGGUAAAUAGCUUCAUGGACUUGGAAAGGGGGGCUCUAAACGCUUUGCAAGAAGCAGAACCCGGUAAACCACCAGUCUACCCGGUUGGUCCACUGGUGAAUAUGGGUUCCAGUCCUAGUGGGGUUGAAGGGUCUGAGUGUUUGAAGUGGCUAGAUGAUCAGCCACACGGCUCGGUGUUAUUUGUUUCAUUUGGGAGUGGCGGGACCCUCUCUUAUGAUCAGAUAACUGAAUUGGCUUUGGGUUUGGAAAUGAGUGAGCAUAGAUUUUUGUGGGUUGUGAGGAGCCCAAAUGAUAAAGUAGCUAAUGCCACAUUUUUUUCCGUGGAUAGUCACAAAGACCCUUUGGAUUUCUUACCAAAAGGUUUUUUGGAUAGGACCAAAGGGAGAGGUCUAGUGGUGCCAUCUUGGGCACCGCAAGCACAAGUGUUGAGUCACGGGUCAGCAGGAGGGUUCUUAACCCACUGUGGUUGGAAUUCCACCCUCGAAAGUGUUGUCAAUGGGGUGCCAUUAAUCGUAUGGCCACUCUAUGCUGAGCAGAAAAUGAAUGCCUGGAUGUUAACUAAGGACAUUAAAGUGGCCUUGAGGCCAAAAGCCAGUGAAAAUGGCCUGAUCGGAAGAGAGGAGAUUGCAAAAGUUGUGAGGGGUCUAAUGGAAGGUGAAGAAGGGAAGAGGGUCCGCAAUAGAAUGAAGGACCUGAAAGACGCAGCAGCCAGGGUAGUCGGUGAAGAUGGAUCUUCUACGAAAGCACUGUCUGAGGUGGCUCACAAGUGGAAGAACCACAAAUGCACUGAGGAUUGUAAUUAA